CUUUUCUCUCUCUCAGUUUUUGUAGGAUCUGUUACUGGGUUUUGGGUUUUGGUUCUGUUUUUCUGUUUUCUGUUUUGUCCCUCACUUUCCCUUUUAUUGGUCUCUGCUGCUGUUGUUGAAUACCUACCAUCUGCUAUUCUAAAGCACACACUUGAAAAAGAUAAAGAAUACUAUAUAUAUAUAUAAUUUUUUUUUUCUUUGGUUGUUUGAUUCAAUAUAGUGGAAAUAUUCAAGCUUUUUUUAUUUUUAUUUUUUCAGUGGCACAAAAGGGGCUUUCGCGGCCUUGACAAAUGUGAGGCAUUGGUGACAAUUCUUGUGCCUGACUCUUUAUUCUUCAUUAAAAUCUGAAACACCCAUUUGAAGAAAAUCCAAAAAAAUUCCGUCUUUCUCCCUAAUCAAAUUUCAACCUCUCGGCAGGCUCCAAAAUAGACCGUUUCAUUGUUUCAAUCUUGUGGGGUUCUCUCAUUUGACAAGGUCCUCUUGUUUCUUUAAUCAAAGACACCAUCUUUUUUUUCUUUCUUCUCUUUUAAUCUCUAUAUCUAUAUCUCUUAUAGUUUCUUUCUUGAUCUACCCCUAUAACCCCAAGAAAUGUAUGGAACACAAAGUAAGAGAGACCUUGCCUUAGAAUUUCAAUCCCAAAUACCAAUCUUGAGGCCUAGCAUCCAUGCUAGGAGGGCAAACCUAACUGUGAAGUUUCAAGACCUUUAUGGUUUCACGGUAGAAGGGAAUGUGGAUGAUGUGAAUGUGUUGAAUGAGGUGAGGGAGAAGGUGAGGCAGCAGGGCAGGGUUUGGUGGGCAUUGGAGGCCAGCAAAGGAGCUAAUUGGUAUUUGCAGCCUUCUAUCUCUGAAGGCCAAUCCCUUAAGGCCUCCCUUAAGUUAUCAGCUAUGGCAAAUGCCAUUACUUUGAAAAGGCUCAUUAGGAAGGGAAUUCCACCAGUUCUACGCCCCAAGAUCUGGUUUUCUUUAUCUGGGGCUGCCAAGAAGAAGUCCACUGCGCCAGACAGCUAUUACAAUGACCUCACCAAGGCGGUCGAGGGGAAGGUCACUCCUGCCACCAGGCAGAUUGAUCAUGACCUACCACGAACCUUCCCUGGUCACUCAUGGCUAGACACUCCAGAGGGUCAUGCUACUCUCCGACGUGUUCUUGUUGGUUAUUCUUUCCGUGAUUCUGAUGUUGGCUACUGUCAGGGCUUAAAUUAUGUCGCAGCAUUAUUGUUGCUUGUGAUGAAAACAGAGGAAGAUGCAUUUUGGAUGCUAGCUGUCCUCUUGGAAAAUGUAUUAGUUAGUGACUGCUACACAACUAACUUAUCGGGAUGCCAUGUUGAACAAAGAGUGUUCAAAGAUCUUCUUGCUAAAAAGUGCCCAAGGAUAGCCACUCAUUUGGAAGCUUUGGAAUUUGAUGUCUCCCUUGUUGCCACUGAGUGGUUCCUAUGCCUCUUUUCUAAGAGCUUGCCUUCAGAGACAACUCUGCGGGUGUGGGAUGUUCUUUUCUAUGAGGGGGCAAAGGUUCUGUUUCAUGUGGCUUUAGCAUUCUUUAAGAUGAAAGAAGAGGAGUUGAUUCACUCCCAUCAUGUUGGUGAUGUAAUUAACAUUUUGCAGAAAACCACUCAUCACCUCUUUGAUCCUGAUGAAUUACUAACGGUGGCAUUUGAUAAGAUUGGUUCUAUGACAACCAACACUAUAUCUAAGCAACGGAAAAAGCAAGAACCAGCAGUCAUGGCAGAGCUUGAUCAAAGACUAAGACGGCUAAAUUCCCUUAAAUUGGAUGAUAAAUAACUUUUGUUGUUGUUGUUCUAUGUGUAAUAUGUCAAGUCAUCCUAGUGGGGGCCGGGGGCUCUGUUGCCCCCCUAGAGAAGAAUAUCAAUUCAUGCCUUUCUUUCCCAAGCGAAGAGAGUGCCUGUUGUUUUUUGAAUGUUGUAGUUAACAAAUGUAAAUUUUGAAUUGUUACAUUAUAUACGAUUAAGUAUAUCAAAAUUCAGUCCUUGUAAUUGUUAAAUGAAAAUUUAAUUUAAUUUCCUCUGAAAAGUUGUUUGAUGA